AUAAUGAUAAUAAUAAAGUUAAACUAGGAUAAUCAAGCUUUUCCAUUAAAUAUUUUAAUGGAAGAAGCACUAACGUCGCGAAGAAUGAAGAUGUUUUGAAACUCAUCGUCGUUCGCUAUUUAUCGUCGUGUAUCAACACUUUUUCUUGACCGCAAAGUGCCGACGAUCUCUCGUGCGGGCUCUCGUUAAUCCGCCGGAUACAAGCCUCGAUAUUAUCCUUUAAAGAGCUGUACAUUAAUGGCCGCCAUGUUGAAGGCGUUCGUCGUUUUGUGAACUCCACGGGAAAAUAAUGAGGUAACGACGGCCUUUACGAUACGUGUACGUGGUGCACGUAUCACGCCUUCGAUCGGACAUUUCUUUUUUUUUUUAUAAAUUUUCAACUAAGUAGUUACAAAAAUGUUACUACUAUAUUAUACAUAUACAUGCGUUUCGUACGUAAUGAAACGUUUACGUAUUGGAUAAGAUGAAAGUCAUAGAUAAUUAAAAUAUCUGUGAUCUCUCAUGUCUUAAUUUUUAUAUUUAUUUCUUUUUCUUUUUGAUUUGUUUGUUAAUAAAUAGAAAAACAAGAUUAUAUACUUAUAAUUAAUAUAACAAAUUUAUGAAAUAUCCGCGGAGUAUAUAGUUUAUCAGAAGAAACUCGAUAUUUAAAAAAAUUUAUGUUAGGUUCGUAUUGGUUUUUUUAAACAAACAUUAAUUAACAUUAAAUAUCGUUAAGAUUACUUGUACGAUACAAGUACGUUCGAUAAAAAUAUUAAAAAUAUUUAAAUUCAAAUUGAGUUUAAAGGUAAAUUCUGUGAUGUUUUUACGAUUACUUUAAGUAUUUUAUUUUAUCGGAACACGUACUAAUAUUUUUUACUCUUUUUCUUUGUUUUCAAAUAGAAACAGAUAGGUUCAAUAAAAAUAACUAAAAUACACACGAUAAGAUACAUAAUGAUCACCUUGAACUAUUUCAUUUUAUUCCUUAUUUUAUAUUGUCAUCUUUAUUAUUAUUUUUUUCUUUUAAAGUUAAAAAUUGUUAAGUGAAAAUUUUUAAAUAUAUAACUAGUAAAAAGAUUUAAAACUUGUUAGCCAGCGACUUGAAACUCAAACGAGUAGUAUUGUGUAGUACACAACGUAGUAAACGAGUAGAGGUGUAGUAUUAUUAUCUCUGUUCGAUCGUUCGCCAAGUUAAUUAAUUCUACGUCGCGUUCGUUAUCGAUGCAUCUUUUUAUAAGCUUUCGUUUAAUCAAAGAUAAUUUUUUUCUUCGCGAGAAAGAAAGAGAGAGAGACAAGGGUGUACAAGUAUAUUCGUAUCAUUAUUACUGCUGACAUCGAGCAGAGUAGACGGAACUAAAAGUAACAGUCACGGGAAAGGAAACAAAGGAGUGGAUGGUAAAUAAAAGAAGAUAAAAGAGAAAAAGUUGUUGGGGAAAUAAUAAAUAUAGUGUAAACUCGUAAAAAGAGAAUUUACGUGAAAGAGAAAGGAAAAUGAAGACGAUACGAACGAUAAUAUGGUUAGUAUUACCAAUCACAAGCUGUCUAGCUUUGCCACCGUCACAACAAGAAUACGCUCGUGGUUCGGUUAGAGCAAAACAAACGACACCAACGUUGCCCAAUAGAAUUACAUCUGUUGUCACUUCGACGAUCGUACCAUCGAUAACAAGUUCAAGUUCGUCUAUAGCGUCAAAUUCAAUGUCUUCGGUUACCACGCCUGUUCCAACAUCUACUUCGUCGGCAACAACCAUAACAGCGUCAUCUUCGUCAAUCAAUCCGAUCGUAUCAAUUGCUUCCACCGAACAGAUUAUGUCAAGAACGGCAGCUACUUCCGGUAGCGGAAGUACCGUGUUCUUGUCUUCAACAAGAAAGGUCAGCACGAAACUGGAUGAACCAACUAGCACGAUGCCCUCUACUUCGGGUAAGGAGACUCGUGAAUCACCUGGGAAGAUUCGACCGCAAAUCAAGCUAACAACAAAUUAUACUAGCGCGAGCGAGACAGGAGUACGAUUGCCGGAAGGAGCAAGCGCGGCAUUGGCGAAGCCCACCAAGUAUCAUUAUUAUCCUCACAAUCAACACAUUUAUUUGCUUCCGGAAUGUGCGGUCCAACAAGUUUGUAAUGCCGUCUACGUGCGAUUGAACUUCACUCAACCGCUUUGCGCCUGUCCAGGACGUUACCGCGACCCUUGCAGCGCUUCCCUUGACAGCGACGAUCAUCACACGACUGAGCUAGUAACUGAUCCACGUACCAAGGCUCUAACACUCGUGAAAACAUGCGAGCCAGUUGCUGAAAUGCGAGAAUGCAGAGCUCCAAGGGAUUGGUCUCUUUUAGCCCUUCAAAAUACACGAACCGGAAAGUCUCACUACUUGGUGAUAUGCCGAUGUCCGGAUUCGAAUAUACUUGAGGGUCCCAUGAGUCACGAUCAACCGACCUAUGCAAGUGUACCAGGAAUUCGUGUUUAUGGAAUGAUGUGUGUGCAAGGAAAUAGAAGAGGCCGACCAUUACGACAUAUACGUAGUCUUAUGGGUUUUAACGACUUGGAGGAAAAUACCGAAAGAUUUUUAUUCGGCAGAGAUGAUAAGCUAGAGUUUCCUUGGGAUAAAGUUCAUCAAUUGAUGAAGAUGGCCGUUUGGGAGUGAUUUACGAUCAGUUCGAAUUUUAUUCUCGCUCUUCGUCUUUUUCUCUCUCUCUCUCUCUCUCUUUCUCUCUCUUUUUCUCUCUCACUCUUACUCUCUCUUUCUCCCUCUCUUUCUCUUUCGAUUUUUUUGAUCUAUCCUUUUUCACAAUCGUCCACCCUUUCUCCCUCUUUCCUCUACGCAUAUCUUUCUUUUUUCUUUAUCUCUUUCUUUUCCUUUCUCUUCUUCCUUUUAAAUCAAACCAUCCAUAUACACCGCUUCAUUUCAUCUUUAUUUAUUACGAUAUCAUCCUUGUCCGCGUUAUCUUUUAGCGUACAAUACUCGUAUAUUUAUAUUAUUCAUUAAGUUAGAUACCGUAAGCUAGGGAUUGGUGUUAAAGCCAGGUGAAUUAGAAUCAGCUCGUAGAUUUUUUUUUUCACUUUUUUCCUUCGUUUCUAAUUUCUAACUUUUUUCUUUCUUUGUCGAGGUUAAAUUUAACGAAUGUAGACAAAAAUCAAUGACUAUAAAAUUUCACGACAAAAUUUCGAUUAUAAGAGCGCAUGUACAUACAUAUAUACGUAUGUAUAUGUAUAUAUAUGUAGACGAUUGAAAAUUUAUGAUGAAUUACGAGAUAUAUAGGUAUAUAUAUAUAUAUAAGUUUCUAAACGAGUAGCUUUUUAAUAAUCUGCUACUACUACAUGCUACUAUUAUUACGAUAAGAUAUCGUCCCUGCUCGUUAUACUAAUCCAACGGGUAAGUUUUAUCUAUUAAGGUAGUAUCGAAAUGAAAGGGUUUGUUAGUAAAGACGAUCGCGUAAGGGGAAAAAAUCUAAUAUUGAUUAUAAAUCAUCAGUGAGGUAGGUAAUUCGCUUAAUUGCACGUAUAGGAAAUCGAUUAUCGUUAUUAUUAUCUGUCAUCUAACAGAUUCCAAUUAAGCGCGAUAAAAACAUAUUCGACUGUAUAAUGUGAUCUUGCUUUUUCUUGAAUUAUUUAAGAUAUAUAAACAUCGCGCGCAAUUAAUCUAUGAUCGCAACAACACGAAUUUAACGUUAAUUAACGUUAAAAAAACGUAUCGAGACCUGACGUCGAAACAAUUCCAGAAGAAAAAAAGAAAAAGAAAAAUAUAUAUAAGAAAAUAUGAUAUAGGUACGUUUAAACGCCUGCGGAAAAUUCUGUGGCCAUAAACUAUGAAAAUAUGUUUUCUACGUGAAAUCAACGUAGGAUUAGAUCAAACUUUCGAUUAUUUUAUGUACGAGUGUACGAUAAAAAGUAUUCUGAAAUAUCAAUGCGUUCGUUCAACUUUGAACUUGUAAAUUAUAUAUACAUAUACAUAUACAUAUAUAUAUAUAUAUAUAUAUAUAUUAACAUAUCUGUUAAU